UUGGUAAACGAUAGAAAAGAAUUUACUUUACGCAAUGAAGAACAAUCGCUCUCCGAACAAAUUGCCAUGUUAUCUUCGGAAUCAGAAUCAUUAAGUCUUCAAACAGAAGAUUUAAAGCAGAAAAUCAUACAAACCAAAUAUCAAAUCGCUAUGAUAGACAUCUGUGCUGCGUCCGAAAAAGCAAAAAUUGAGAACCAUAGUAAAGUCAUUAAAAGCCGUAAGGAAAGUUUUGAUCAACUGUUUGCUAAUGAGAUCCAAGAACAUGAGGCAAAAAACGAAAAAUUAAGAACCAAACGAGCCGAGGCUGAGGAAGAGCAAAGGAAAAAAGAAGCGAAUAUUCUAGAAAGAAACGAAAUGAAAACUAAAGAAGCUGUCGCUAUUGAAGAAGAAUGCCUGGCGAUAGAAAAAGAAUGUAGCGUUCUUGUGAAAAGAAACAAAGCCAUAAUGAUACAGCUGAGACGCAAGCUUGUUGAAGCAGAGGAUGUUCGGCGGAAACUCAUUAAGAAAAAGGAGAACACUAUCACAGAUAACAAAUAA